CAUCAACACACAGUUAAUUAGGCAUUUAAUCCCCUAAUCCUAAUUCUUAAAUUAUACUAACAGCUUCCUAAUUCCUUCCUUCCUCUGUAGAUUCGUUUUAGUAAAAGAGAGCUUCUCCUCUCUUCUUCUUCUUCUUCUUCCUUCCUCCUCUCCGCGACGCCAUUACCAGACUCUCAAACAUCAUCAAGGAGAGAGAAAAACCCUAAUUUCCCAGAAUCGACGGCUCUAAUUUGGAAUCAAUUCGAGUUUUCAAGUCGGAAGCUAAAUGAAUGAGUAACAACUGAGUAGUGUUAAAAAUCCCCACCGACAUCAGAUCUUUGAGAUGACGAACGAUGAGGAAAUCGAAACUUCAAUAAUCGAGGUUAAGAUAGCUCCAGAGCCACCAAUCCAAGAGACUUGGUCUAGUGUAUUCCUUCGUCAAGCCUCAGUCUAUGGUGUAGCUGCUGGCUAUUGCCUCUCAGCUUCUCUUCUCUCAAUCAUCAACAAAUGGGCUAUCAUGAAAUUCCCAUACCCCGGUGCCUUAACCGCUAUGCAGUACUUCACAAGUGCAGCUGGUGUUUUGCUCUGUGCUCAGAUGAAGCUUAUAGAGCAUGACUCUCUCAAUCUUUUGACAAUGUGGAGGUUUCUCCCCGCUGCUAUGAUCUUCUACUUGUCUCUUUUCACCAACAGUGAGCUUCUCCUCCACGCUAAUGUCGAUACUUUCAUCGUCUUUCGCUCUGCUGUUCCUAUCUUUGUUGCUAUUGGUGAAACCCUUUUCUUGCACGAGCCUUGGCCGUCUGUUAAGACGUGGGGAUCUUUGGCUACUAUCUUUGGUGGGAGUUUGAUUUAUGUGUUUACUGAUUAUCAGUUUACGAUCGCAGCUUAUAGCUGGGCUCUUGCGUAUCUGGUGAGUAUGACUAUAGACUUUGUUUACAUUAAGCAUGUGGUUAUGACGAUUGGGUUAAACACUUGGGGUCUUGUUCUCUACAAUAACCUUGAGGCUCUGCUUUUGUUUCCCCUUGAGCUGCUUAUAAUGGGAGAGUUGAAAAAGAUUAAGCACGAGAUCACUGAUGAGUCUGAUUGGUACUCGUUUCAAGUGCUUUUACCUGUGGGUUUAUCGUGUUUGUUCGGUUUGGCCAUCUCUUUCUUUGGGUUCUCUUGUCGUCGGGCUAUCUCUGCAACGGGUUUUACUGUUCUUGGAAUUGUGAACAAGCUGUUGACGGUUGUGAUUAAUUUUGUGGUGUGGGAUAAACAUUCUACGUUUGUUGGAACCUUGGGGCUCUUGAUUUGUAUGUUUGGUGGAGUCAUGUAUCAGCAGUCUACCGUCAAGAAACCAAAGGCUGCACAAGAAGCUAAACCGCAAGAGCAAGAUGAGGAGCAGGAGAAACUGCUGGAGAUGCAGGAGAGUAACAGCAUCGAGAUAAAGGAAGCUCCAAUAUCAGAAGAGAAACUAUAAUCAAUAUCUAUCCACAGAAGAUGGUAAAUCUGAAACAGAAGAGAAACUCUAUGAUUUUUAGUGUGUGGAUUUUGCAGUGGCUGUAGUUUCUACGGUAUACGAUUUAGUUUUGCGAUUAAAGAACUAUAUUGUUGUAGUUAGUGGUUAUGCAAUUCUUUUGUAACUAGAGGUAAGACUACAGCUUUCCUGAUCCAGUAGUUGAAUAAUAUCGUUUUCUUUGAUUACAUUUUGAUGUGUUUCGUUACAUUACAUUUUGUGUUUGGAUCUGGUUCAGAUUUAUACGCAAGUAAAGGAUUGUAAAGGAUUCUUAUG